AUGAUGCUGGACAUGAGGCUCGUUCUAAGCACAUUGUCCUUCGUCAUUGUCACCUACGCUUCUCCAGCUGUUUUGAGUGAAGAGCGUGUUAAUGCUAUUUUGGAAAAGCUACGACGAGCUCAUGCCAUAGGAGAGUUGGCGGUGAAUACUCCAACUGGAAUCUACCCUAUCAAGGAUAUCAACAAGGAUAAUUUCCGUCGGAUUUUCAAUUUUCAACCAUUAGAUAGAAAACAUCUGAAUGCCGAUUUCACAAAACAGAGAGAAGCUGAUGGUGAGGAUGUCGGCCAUAAGACCUCCAGUGGGAGCGCGGAGUUGUCGCCGAAAAAGCUCCACAAUGCUGAGAAAGGGCAACUUGAAAAAUCUGUUAAGGAAGCGGAAAAAAUUACUACAGCGAUCACUGAUGCUUUAAAUGCUGUUGCGGAUAUAAAUGAGAUCGGUGGUGGUGCUGAACCACAUAACAUUAGUAUUCCCGCUACAGAGUCGAUAAGCGUCAGUAAUUCUUCGUCUGAAGACCAGGGUGAAGCUAAAGAGAAUGAGCUGAUACUGUCUCUUAGUGUCGAACCGAACGCAACCGUUAUCGAUAAUCAACUAGGGGAAGCUGACAGUAACGCCACUGACGAGUUAUCUGUCACUUCAGUACAAACUUCUGACGACAUCUUAUUGUCUACAGAGACAUCAGACAAAGCGACGAAGCAAGAUACAGAAAACGAAAUUGAAGGUUCAGCGGAAAUACUCGAGGACGUUAAAGAAGGCAGUGGCAUUGUCGACGAUUCUCUUUUGUUAUCACAAGAACCAACAACACUUCUUACUGGUCAAGAGAAUGACGAAAGUAAAAUAGCCGCUUCAGCUGACGAACCACCUUUGUCCAUGAGUAAAUCAGAUGCUAAUCCUACACAAACAACUCUACCAAUUCCUACAUUACCUUCUAUAGAGUUGCCUCAAUUCCCUGGUGUGCCUUACAUUUUCCUGCCAGUGAAAUCGAUUUAUGGGAAAAAAUUGCCUGGAUUAAGCUAUUUGUUAGUCCCGAAGAAGUAUGAAAGUAAUUUGCCUGAUCUAUUCCAGCCGGCCCAUAAAGUCUAG